UUACAACAAGUAUGGAACCACAUCAAUUUGCAAAAAAGAAGGGGUGGAAUUGUCCAUACAUUUUCUUAACUAGGUAUUAGUUCGCGUGGCAGCCAUGAAAGGUCCCACCUUAGAGCUUAAUAUCAACUCAGCAAGUGACCUUGAGAAUGUCAACUACAUCACUAAGAUGAACGUUUACGCCGUCAUAACCCUUUUGGGCGACAAAAAGAUUCAGAAAGCGAAAACCGGUGUAGAUCACUACGGUGGAUCUAGCCCUAACUGGAAUCACGCCGUCAAAUUUUCCGUCAAUGAGAGAUUAGCCCGAGAAGGUCGUCUAACACUCGUCGUGGGAUUGUUCUCCAGUCGACUCCUAGGCAAUAAAGAUAUUGGUGAGGUCGAGGUCCCAUUAAGAUACCUCUUACCGUCAACUAAUGGUAACGGUAAUGGCCAUGAAAUGAAGUUUGUGACGUAUCAGGUGAGAACUCCGUCUGAGAAAAUGAAAGGUUCUUUGACUUUCUCGUACCGGUUCAGUGACACACCAGUCAUUUCCGGUCCGGCUUACCAACAGGUACCAGCUUCGUGGGCUUCGCCGAGUCAGCAUGGUUAUGGACCGCAUUGUUACAUGCCGCAGCCGCCACAGCCGCAGAAUGAAGAAAUAAGGUUGCAGAAAGCUGGUCUUGUUGUUUCAGCACUGUCAUUAUUUCGUGAGUGAUAACAAACUAAUGUUAGUCACCAAAAAAUAGUUAGUUCCCAAUUUAUAUUUGUCUGUUGAAUGAUCAAACGA